AUGGAACUCUCUGCGACAUCAGCGCAUGAAAGAGAGCACCGUAUUAAGACGGUGGAGGAGAUACUUCUGCGCAUCGCAGCUCACGAAGGGGUGAUUGGAUAUCUUGUUUUAAACCCUGCUGACGGAAGCAUACUGAAGCACUCGGGUUUCGCCUCCGAUGACUCAAAGAUGCUGACGUAUGCUGAAAAGAUGGAUGGGCUUACGAAUUUGGCCGCGUCAACGGUCCGUACCAUUGAUUGGAAAGAUGACCUUACCUUUCUCCGUUUGAGUGUUGGGUUGACGGACAUACUGAUUGCUCCAGAUGUAGAUAAACAGUAUACGUUGGUUGUUGUACAAAAAAUAAAGCGAUGA